ACCCAACAGUAUUUUUCAUUUUGCAGUAUCCUUGGCAUGGCUCUUUCCAGUAUCCUGACAGAAGCUGAAAUUGCUGCUGGUCUGCAGAGCUGUCAAGCUGCUGAUUCAUUUGAUUACAAAACCUUUUUUGUCAAAGUGGGUCUCAACUCCAAGUCCAAAGACGAAGUUGCCAAAGUCUUUGGAAUUCUUGACCAGGACAGGAGUGGCUUUAUUGAGGAAGAGGAACUGAAACUUUUCCUGAAGAAUUUCUCAGCCAGUGCCAGAGCUUUGACUGAUGCUGAGACCAGGGCAUUCCUGGCAGCAGGGGACAGUGAUGGAGAUGGUAAAAUUGGAGUGGAUGAGUUUCAAGCACUGGUCAAAUCAUAGUCAGCAGUCAAGUAAAGACCAAGACCUAUGUGCCAUAAACAAUCUUCCCUAU